AUGGCCAUAUAUAGAACCGUGAGCAGUGGUGAAAAUAUAGCUUUCUGUAGAUCAGGAGAUAUAGCAUGGUCUACCAUUCCUGAAACAUCUCCGGUUCCGCAUUACAGGGAUAUAAUGUUUUAUGCAGAAAAUGCUGUGUCAACCAUCCAUUUCGCUGAUCCACCUCCUUUCCCACUAAAAAUGGGAUACAAGCAAUGGUAUUUAGGGCUUUUAAAUGAAGAUUUAUUAUUACUUGGUCGGUUUAGGAAAUAUAGAGUUCCUGGCUACGAGUAUCAGACUAGUAAUUUUGUUGCUUACAAGCUAGACAUGAGUACGUCAAUCUGGUCAGAGUUGCAUAGUUUGGGCGAUAGGAUCUUGUUGUUGGGGUGGAAUUGCUUUCAUUCCAUUUCUGCUUCAGAUUACGCCAAUUUCAAAGGGAAUUGCAUCUAUUUUACAGACGAUAAAAUGAAGGUUUUCGAUAGUAACCCGUGGGAGGUUCAUGAUUUUGUUAUUUUCGACUUGGUUAGGCGACUAGGGUUGCCUUCAUAUCCAAUCAAAGCUCUGGAACCUUUAUUAUGA